AUGGAGGAUUCCGAGGUAAAGCUUUCCGUCUGCUCUUCCGCUCCACCCUUUUCAACUGCUUCUCCCGCCGCCUACCGCGGAAUGGGAACGGUCAAAUUGACGGCGUUGAAGAAGGCUUACGCCGAUAUCAUCCUCAACACGGCGAAGGAGGCGGCUGCGCGUAUCAUGGUGUCGGAGCGGAAAGCCUCACGCUUUCAGCAGGACCUUGUUUCUACCAAGGAGGAAGCACUUCGGAUGCUGCUUAGGCUCAAACAAAUGUUCGAUUCUAAGUUUAUUACCCUACUCAUGCUUUGUGAUGCUGGUUUGGUGCGUGUUGUUUCUUUCUCGAUUGGUAAUGUUUCGAGAGUUCGUUUCACUGAGAUGAUUACCUCUGAUUCAAUUGAAAUGGUAGGUGUCAGCCAUUUUAAACCUGGUAUUGUUUCAGAUUAUCCUCUGAUUCAAUUGAAAUGGUCGGUGUCAACCAUUUUUAAACCUGGUCUAAGUGUGUCAGCCAUUUUAAACCUGAUUACCUCUGAUUCAAUUGAAAUGGUAGGUGUCAGCCAUUUUAAACCUGGUAUUGUUUCAGAUUAUCCUCUGAUUCAAUUGAAAUGGUUGAUUACCUCUGAUUCAAUUGAAAUGGUAGGUGUCAGCCAUUUUAAACCUGGUAUUGUUUCAGAUUAUCCUCUGAUUCAAUUGAAAUGGUCGGUGUCAACCAUUUUUAAACCUGGUCUAAGUAUUACCUCUGAUUCAAUUGAAAUGGUAGGUGUCAGCCAUUUAAAACCUGGUAUUGUUUCAGAUUAUCCUCUGAUUCAAUUGAAAUGGUCGGUGUCAACCAUUUUUAAACCUGGUCUAAGUAUUACCUCUGAUUCAAUUGAAAUGGUAGGUGUCAGCCAUUUUAAACCUGGUGUCAGCCAUUUUAAACCUGGUAUUGUUUCAGAUUAUCCUCUGAUUCAAUUGAAAUGGUCGGUGUCAACCAUUUUUAAACCUGGUCUAAGUGUUCUCCGGAUUGACGGCUAG